UUCUGUUCAUCUUGGCUACGGUUCUCCGAGUUUCGGUUCUGUCUUUUCAAUCUCCCUGGCUCCGGUUCGAUCCCGGGACAACGGCAGCGGCUCGUGUGCUCUGGCCGCUGUUGUCGCCUCCUCCGCCGCCUCUGCUCCUCUGAGUGUCCGGCUUUGUGUUGAGCUUCAGCGGCCGCUGCUGUCAGGUUGAUGGGAUGGACGAUCAGCUGAACACCACCAUGGAAUUGAAGUACCACGACCUGGAGGCUGCUGAAGCACUGGUCAGCAUGAGCUUCUGGGGUCAGAGAUCUCACAACGCCAGGCCUCUCACCCCUACCUCUGAUUCCUGUGACUCAAUCCAGCUGCCACAGGAGGGCGCCGAUGCUCCCAAAGACCUGAUGGCUCUGUCUUCACUGUGUAUGACUCCACCUCACAGUCCCAGCUUCGCAGGUGCCUCAACCACUGCUACCACCUCGACUCUAGGCUCCACCUUCAGACCACUUUUACCUCAGGCGGAGCUUGCUGUGUGUGCUGCCGUCUUUGGUGAUUCAUCCUUGUCAGACUCCUCAUCUCCACUUCCUGCAACCAUCUCAACCAGAGCCACGAGUGUCAUCCGACACACUGCUGACAGCAUUUCUAUACCACCUCCUUACCCCACCCCUCCCAGUUUUCAGUCUACAUCGACACCAUCUCAGGAGGAGACCCAGGGGCAUCCCGGUCCUUCUUGUUCUUCUCCUCCUCCUGCGUCCCAGUCCUCCUCGCCUCUCCGGACCUCCCCUCUCAUCUGUCAGGUGAUCCCGGUGAGUGGAAGGCCUGGAAUGAUCUCGGCCUUUGUCCCGACUCCACUGCAGCUGCAGACACAGGCUGGUCUGAACCCUCUCCUUCAACACUCUCCGCCCAAUGGCUUUACUUCACCCAUGCUCGUGGGGGGAGCUGUGUCACAGGGGGCAGUGAUGUUUGUGGUCCCAACUCCAGCCCUGCAGCAGCCAGCGCAGACCAUGGUCACCACCAAGCUCCUCCCCCUGGCUCCGGCACCUAUUUACGUGUCAUCAGGAUCUGGAGGAGGAGGAGGCUGUUCCUCCUCACAGUCUGACUUCACGAGACGACGAAACUAUGUUUGUAAUUUCAGCGGCUGCAAGAAGACGUACUUCAAAAGUUCACACCUGAAGGCUCACCUGAGAACACACACAGGUGAAAAACCAUUCAGCUGUCACUGGGACGGUUGUGACAAAAAGUUUGCCCGGUCUGACGAACUUUCCCGACACCGCCGAACACACACUGGCGAGAAGAAAUUUGUCUGCACCAUCUGCGAUCGCCGCUUCAUGCGCAGUGACCACCUGACCAAGCAUGCUCGCCGUCACAUGACCUCCAAGAGAGCGGUGGCCAUGGCAAAUUCAGCCACGUCAGUGACAGCGGUGGCGUCAUGGUCCAACAACAAUGCUGACGUCAACAAAGGAGGACUGCCAAAAAGUGGAUGCGAGGGCCCUGUACUUCCUGUGGGCGUGCUCGUACCUGCCGCAAAAUGAUUUACCAAGAGGGGUGGGACUUGAAUCAUCCUUCCACCAAUCACAAUCAGCUGUUGGGUGUCUUGCUACAACUUCAUCCAACUGGGCCCGUGUCAGACAAGCCAACAGGGAGGUUCGGUCUCUGUUUACAGAAGAAGUUGUGUGAAGCAGCAGUGCCCCUAGAGGUCAAGACUGUCACUGUAGGACAGGGACAAAUCAUGAUACUCAUUUCUCAGGUCAAGCAUUCAAAACCUCAGCUUAUAAAACCAUUUUAUUCUCUUGGGGGAGGAGAGGGCCAUUAUAGGGUGCAGCAGCGCCCCUGCAGACAGAAGCUGUGGAGGCACUCCCCUUAGAGUUAACUUCCUAAUCUUAAGCACAGAAAAUGUGGACUAUUAGUUGAGGUAAGAAUAAACAAGGGACUGACACCAUUAUUUACAACAGUGCCUCUGAAGGGCAAAACAGUUACUACAUUUGAUGAACUGACCAACACUCUGACACUCCAGAUAACUGCACUUUACAGUAGGACAGUGAAUGCAACAGGCUGCAUCCCAGCUCUUAGGAAAAGAAGCAAAAGAUGGCGAUGCAGCAACAACGAGCCUGGAUUUAUUAAUGGACUCUUUGAUGGCUUUCAUUUGUUGUUCAUCGAGCAUUUCAAAUUUAAAGGGAUAGUUCAGGAUUUUUUGUGAGUGCUUCAAGUUAAACAGGCUCCCUGAGAACACGGCCGUCUGUGGAAAGACUGAUGUUAGCCUUCAGUAUACUGUAGGAUUGAUCUGCAGUACUUUAUUACUGCAUUACUUCAUUACUUUAUGUUGUAGUUAAACUUUUUCAACAGGAAACUUUUCUCAACCAAACAUUAUAGAGAAAAACAGUGAUUUUCUCUGCAGUUGUUGAUCCACUGCUGCUCCUUCACUAAUGAGUUCUAAUGAGUUUUAAUGAGUUCUUCUGUGACUUCACUGUUUGGAAUCAUCUGUUCACAUUCACUUAAGUGACACAGACUGACCACAGGAGGCAGCAGAGGACCAGCAGCUGCUGUAUCUCUGUCAGAUGGUGUCUGACAGUCAAUGGUUUACAAACUCCAGUUGGCAGCCACGUUAUCACAGGAGCCUGGUAUCUCAGCAGUAAGGGGCGCUCAUUAAGCCCUGACUUUGUGUUUGAUCUCCUCCUAAGUUUGGAUCAUGGGGAGACAGCUGGAGGAUGGAGUGAGAUUCUGGCUCUGCUCAGGAUUUUUUUAUUCCUCGCACCACAACCUAACCUAAGGAGGAGGAGAGUGGGGAGGAGGACUGACAUCAACAAGAAGCUGACAUUGCACUGGAUUUUUUAAACCUGGCUGGUCUUUUGUAUUCUGUGACAUUUAAUCAUCGUUAGGAAACCAUGUGCACUCUGUUUUUACUUUGCCAAAGUGUUGUUGUGCUUCUUUUGUUCACUGCGUCCUGUAAAUACUGUAACUAUGUUGUGUACUUCUACCUGUAUCCCAGUUGCAUUUAUUGACAGUACAACUUAUUGAUAUUUUAAAAAUGUCAGUAUUCCUCACUGUGAUACUACCUACUCUCUCUGCUUGACAGAAUAUUAAAAAUAAUAUUGUUAAUAUUUAAUGAAUAUUUGUGGAGAAAGCUGUUUUAUAGUAAUGUAGCUAAAAAAUACCUCAUUGUAUGAAAUGCCAUUGGGAUCAGCAUGGUCUCUUAUUUAAACGUUGCCUGUAAGAGAUGGUAAUUUUUUUUUUAUUAUAAUAAAGAAAUAAACUUACAGUCACAACUUGGCAUUUUGACAUGUGACUACAGAACAAUCAGAUCCAAACAUUCACUAAACCCAGUGCAGUUGUGAACAUAUCUAAUGUACAUCAUUAUAUUAUAUCAUGAAUCAGUGACCCCCCCUCCACCCAACUAAAUAAACAUCAUACUAACACGACUGCAAAAUACUUCCGUUUUGAGGUGGGAAACGAUACCGCUGUAUAUUCUGCUCCGCGACAGUGUCAAGUACACAACGACUCGGAAAGAUCGGCAGCCAAUCAUUGGCCAACAUCUGAGGAGGAGAGGAGAGGCCUGAGGAGGUGCGGGCUCAUGGGGAAUUGGCUAUGAGGUCAGGAUAGAUCCCCCACCCCACUUUGCCUUACUGACCAAAAUUCAGAUGGAAAACAAACUGCAGAGGAAACCAAGGUCACAAUGACACGACGUAGAG